AUGACAAAACAAUUAACCAAGGAAUAUUAUUCAUAUUUUUCGGAGUCUCGAAAAAAAACGCUAAUGGUGGAAAAGGACAUAAAAACAAGAACGAUAUUCCUUAUAAAAGAAAAUCUGAAACAUAUUUUUGUGUUAGACAAUGUAGAUGCAACAGUAGGGUUAUCACUAAUGAAUGUUACUAUAUUUUUGCUUGGGGGGUUAACAAAUAAUACAAUAAAUGUUUGUAUUUCAACAUAUUUACAAGGCAUGAUAUUUAUUUUAAGUUUAUUAUGUUAUAUUAUCCAAACUAAUUUCCAAAAAAGUAUUAUAUCUGAUAUAUUUUUUGUUAUUCUUUUAUUCGUAUCUUGUAUUUUCCCUUUUUUGUCAAUAAAAUUAAAUGGCGGUUUUAAUAGUAUUAUAUUUUUUCCUAUAUCUAUAAUGCUUUUAUUUUCAAAAUAUCAUUUAAGAAAUUUAUUUUUAUUAGAACUUGGAUUGAUACUAAAAAUUUUAAUAUUAGUUAUGGCUAUAAAUGUUAAUGAAAUAAAUAUAUAUAUAAUCUUAUUAUUAUUAUCUUGUUUUUUUUUUAGUAUUUUAUUUUAUAGAUAUUUAUAUUUUUUUUCAAAAACAGUUUCUAUUAGCUUUUCGACACCAAAAAACUUAAUGAUGAUGUUUCCAUACAUUAAUGAAUAUCAAGAGAUAUGCUUACUUAAAUUAGCUGAUAUAAUAAUAGACAUAAAUAAUUAUAUGGAUGUAAAAUUAAAUAUAUUUUGUCAUGAUAUUCCACAAAUUAAUUUAACAAAAGAAAAAAAUAAUUUUGAAAAUUUACAAAUGAAUAUUAGUAGAAUCAUAAAUAAAUUCUAUACUUUAAAAAAUCAAAAAAUAUUUUUAAAUUUCCCUCCCUAUUAUUGUCUAAAAGCAUUAUAUUAUAAAAAAUUAAAUUUAAUGACAUUAUAUAUCGAAAAAAAAAAAAAAAAAAUUAAAAAAAAAUAUUCAAAUUCUCAUAAUACACAUUUAUAUUUUCUCUUAGAAUUAUCUAAAAAAAUGAACAACUCUUUUAUUUAUUACGACAUCCCAUACAACCACUCCCCUCCACAUCUUCCAUUAAAAAAUGGGGAUACUAAAGAAUGCGACCCUGUCGUGAAAUCGGGCAAAGAAAAAGAAGAUAUAAUAAGAAAUGACAAAAAAAAAAAUAUCAUAAUAAAUUACAAAAAAAAAGAUAUAAUAAUAAAUGACAAAACAAAAGAUAGAGUAAGAAAUGACAAAAAAAAAGAUAUGAUAAUAAAUGAAAAAAAAGAAGAUAUAAUAAGAAAAGACAUACCAAAAGAUAGAGUAAGAAAAGACAUACCAAAAGAUAGAGUAAGAAAUGUCAAAGCAAAAGGAGAUGUAAGAAAGGAAAACACAUCCAAUGAAGUAAACAAAAAUAAUACAAAAUCGAAAUCAAGGAAAAAAGAAAUAAAAAUAAUAAGAGAUAAAUUCCGGAAUAGUUUUUUUUACUCUAAAAUAUGUUCUAAACAGAUAGAAGACAAUCCCCCUAAAAAAAUAAUAAUUGAUCAUGUAAAAAAAAACAAAAUAGAAAAAAAAGCAGAAAUAAAUAAUUUAUUUACAAGUACUAUUGGAGAUGAUUCUGAAGCAAAGCUAAAGGUUGUGAACAAAAAAGAGAGAAAAUCAAAAAGAGAUGACAAAAAAAGGGACGACAAAAAAAGGGACGACAAAAAAAGGGACGACAAAAAAAGGGACGACAAAAAAAGGGAUGAUAAAAAAAGGGAUGAUAAAAAAAGAGACGACAAAAAAAGAGAUGACAUAAAAAGGGAUGAUAAAAAAGAAGAACGAGAACGAGAACGAGAACGAAAACGAAAACGAAAACAUAAUUCCAAAAAAUAUGAAUCAACUCUCGAAUCGAGCGCUACUGAAAAUCUUACGAUUAUAAAACCGCAUGUUGUGAAUAAAAACAAAAUAACAAAAAUUAUAGAAAAGCCGAAUUUAAUAUCAACCGAAAAAUACAGAGAUACAAAAGAUGAACAAAUAAAAAAUAAAUUGAAUAAAAUUCGAAAAAAAAAAAAAGAAGAAAGAAGUAAAAAUCACACAAACCAAGAAAUACAAAUCGAAUUAGAUAUAACAUAUAAAAAUCUAAAUCAUAAUAACACAAAAAAACACAAAAAUAAUAAUAAAAAAAAAUUUAUCGAACAAAAAAAACACGGACAUGAAAUAUACACAAAUGUAUCAAAUCAAGAAUUAUAUAAAAAAUCUAAUAUAGAAAAAAAUAAUGUCUUAGAUAAAAGUGAGGAUUCUAUUUAUGAUAAAUAUAUAACCAACUAUAAUGAUAAAGCUAAUUAUAAAAUUUUACCCAAAUUUCCAAAAAGUUUAGAACAAAAAGAAAAGAGAAUAAAAUAUAAUUUCAAAAAAAAUAAUAACAACAUUUCCAAAUGCAAUGAAUUAAAAGAAAAUGAUUUUAUAGAAAUUAAUAAAAAUCAUAAAAAAAAAACAAACUUAAAGGAAAAAAAAACAUAUUCUUUUUACUCAAAUGAGGAUCAAUACAUAUCUGAUGAAAAAAUUAUUUUUAUAAAUUUAUCAUGUUUAUUUUAUGUAUUAAUUCAUAAAAUUAAACAACUAUUAAAAUAUAUAGAAAAAAUUAAUUUAGUUGUUCAGUCAGUUGAUUUUAAACAAGGAAUUUCCCCUAAACAAAAUUUUCUUUUGUCUUUUAUAGAUCAAAAAGCUGAACGCUAUUAUAUAUUAUGGUCUAAUAUGUUUGAUUUAAUUUAUCACAUUGAAAAUUUUAUAAUACAUAUUUUGUUAAUACUUGUUUUUACUUUUUCUACCAUUUUUAUUCGAAUAGCUCCUAUACACCUGAGUCGGUCUUAUGUGCUGUUCAAGAUACCAAGCUUUAUAAUAUGUUUUAUCCUACGAUUUUUUGUAUCCCCAAUAAUUGCUAUUUUAAUUUUUAUGCCAAUUGUAAGGAUUAAAUCUGUAAAUCCUAAAAACGGUUUUAUUGUUAAAAUCAUAUUUUUUAUUUUGGGAAUUUAUAUUAUGAUUUUAUCUGUGAUAGAUUAUAUAUGGACCAUUUUUUUAGUUCACAAAAAUUUUUGGAAUCUAGAACAAUCUAUUCAAAUAUCUUUACUCAAUGCAUAUAAAUCCAGCCUAUUUUCAGAAUCUGAAUUUGUUUUUUUUGUUCCAGUUUUCUAUUUUUUAAUAAUGCAUAGACUCAAAAGUUUGUGGUAUUUAUAUAUAAUAUGGUUAUUUAUAAUAAAUAUAAUAUAUUGGAUUUUUAUUACUUCACCAUUAGUAGGAAUUAAAUUAAAUAUCUCUCUCAUAACUCUUAUUAUUAUGUGUGUUUUAUUUAUUAUUAGACCUUUUGAAAUCGUAAAAAGAGACUUAUUUUCCAGAUUCGUUUUACCCUAUAUUUUAUUUUUAGAUGAUAUUUUACAUUUUGUUAACAAUGAAAAGAAACUUAAAUAUUUGUCUUACAUAGAUUAG